CACUUUGGCCUGGGCCAUAGAUCAUGGCUUUGGUGUUGGUUCUCGCCUUGUUGGUGAGGGUGCUAAUUGUCAGUGGCAGUGACCAUGCGGUCAUGCUUGAGCGCGUGCAGCAGCACGAGAAAGAGCAGAGGAACGGGGAGCAGAGCUGGGUGGACAUGUCGGCUCUGCUCUUUACUCUGCUGCAUUACUGGAAGAUCUGGUUCUGUACGGGACUGUUUGUCUUCCUCUUUUGGAAUAUGUGGCGGUCCCUAAAAAGGAAGCAGCAUGAGGAAGGGGGACAGCAGGAACAGCAAGAACGGGAGGAACAGGUGGAAGAGGUGGAACGUGAGGAACAGCAGGAGCAAGUGGAAGAGGAGGAACAGCUGGAACGGGUGGAAGAGCUGGAACAGGAGGAUCAGGUGGAACAUGUGGAACAGGAGGAACAGGAGGAACGGGAGGAUCAGGGGGAACAGGUGCAGCAGGAGGAACAGGUGGAAGAGGUAGAACAGGAGGACGAGGAGGAAGAAUACUUCCAUCAUUCAGCACUGACCAGAUACAUUGCACGGCGUGCCUGGGAAAAGAUGCAAGGAAAGGCCACCAAGUGCGUGCUGGUGGAGGAGCUGAUGAGCGACCUGCUGCAGACCUACACAUUUGUCUGUUCAAACAGCUUCUACCCGGUGCUGCAGCCUGCCAUUGGGGUGGGCAGCGCCUUUGAAGGCUGGAGUCCCUGUGAGGAGGACAUUGUGUACCGCCUGCUCGUGCCCAUUAAGGCCCCCCAUGGGCACGUCUUCCACCCGGAGCUGGGUGAGGAAGGGGAGGUGCUGGCAAGGAACUCCCGCAUCCGUGUGGAGCUGGUGUGCAUGUGCACAAGGGAGCAGCAGCUGGGGGACGUGCUGUGCUUCCUCCACCACUCUGAGGAGGAGCUGAGCCAAAAUCAGCAGCCCAGCCUCCUACAGACGCUCUGCACCGGCUCCUACCUGGAUGUGCAGAAAACUGCCGCCUGGUUCAACAAGCAGGUACCAAGAACCUGGAGGCUCACGCACCGGGCACACCGUUACGGCCUUAAGGUGCUGCCCUCCAGCCGCUCCUGCAAGCUCCAGGUGACAGACACCUCCAGCGGGGAAAAAGUCCACGUUGAGCUGCUGUUCGGGGUGCAGCAAGGCAACCUGGACAUCUUCCUGAGCAGCCAGAACGCAGAGGCCGUCUUUACGCCCAGCACAACAUGGCCGCAGAGCUGCGCUGUGGCGGAAAGGAAGUACUUCGAGUACGUGGCCAGGACCGCUGGACCCAACAGCUGCCACCUGGUCUGCCUGAGGCUCUUUGCUCACAUCCUGGUGGGCAUGGGCUUUUCCACCUACGCCAUCAAGACUCUUCUCCUCCACCUCCUAGCCAUCAUCCCUUUGGAGGACUGGCGCAGGAGGCAUUUCCUGAGCCGGCUGGAGAAUCUCCUGCAGUACCUGCAAUACUGCCUGAACGAUAAAGUCCUGAACCACUUCCUCCUUGGCAACGCGACCAUGCCUGACGAGGUUGUCCUGCCGCAGGCCUUCCAAACAGCCAGCCCGCUCAACCUCUUCCAGCACCUGGAGCAGGACCCGGACGCCCACUCCCGGGUGCUGCGUGACUUCAAGGAGCUGAAAGAUCGCCUCUUCAGGACUGCUGCUGUUUGGACGCUGAAAGAGGCGUUUGUCAGAACCCUCCUUUCUUGGGCUCAAAGCUCACAUGCUGUGAGCAAUAAGACUCUGAGCUAUCUAGGAGGCCAGAGGUGGGUGUUGCCGUGUGGCAGUCAGCAUCAGGUUGUGGGCAGUUUACAUCCAAAAGGAUUUCUUUGGAGAGAGUUUGCCGGCUAAAGAUCUGGGCUGAGACCAAAUGACUCCAGCUUGGUACAGGAGAUUUGGGAAUAGUACCAUUGUAUCCUGUGAAGGCAAGACGCAAGUGGGCACCUCCCUGCUCCCUCUUAUCUGCUGGCAAGGCCCAGAAGAUGGUCCCAAAGGAAGAAGCUGUCACUCCAAAGACAGCCAACUCGGCCACUCUGGACUUACAUUAAUAAGUCUGUCCUGUCCUUGGAAAAAGUCAUCCUUGUCGUCGUCAAGCCAACAACAACCUCCGACGACCCAUCUCUACGGAAGGUCAGCAUCGGAACUACGAGCUAUGCUGGAAACCCGGUGGUGGCUAAUUCUCUCUUGCUUUCUACAGAGACUCUUUGCUUUUAUUUCCAAUCUCUUUUCUAUCGCCCGACUUCCCUUGCCCAUCUCCCUAAACAACUAGGAUUUGUAAUAAAGUGGUCGGGCUAACAUUUCA